AUAUACUUCCUAUCAGUUGUACAUCUCUCUGUUCCGCGCUGUGGGCUGUUCUCUCGCAAGUGCGCCGGGACUGCCCCGCAACAUAGGCUACUGCAUGAGUAAAUCUCUGCAGGUUGCUUGCUGAGGAUAAUUAUUAUACAGUGACUCCAAUACAUGGACUGACUCAGUUAUUUUACUUCGGAAACAUAAGAGAAUUGGAGCCGGACGAGACGUAUGAGGAUAAAAUAGAGACGUAUAUUUUUAUGCAUGGGCAUUAUGUGUACUUUACCCGCGAAAUAAAUGAUGUUCUUAUUUUUUAGUGCUUUUCUCGUCAGUCCGUUGACCUAUUGGAAAAACACAUACAUUUCGAAGAAGUGACGGGGAUUCAGAAUGCGUACUCUGUUCUUAACAGUUCUACUCGGAGCGGUCGGAGCUCUAGCCAAUAAGGAGGCCUGUAGCUCAGGUAAAUUCACCACCACUGGGGAGUGCUGCAAGCAGUGCCAGCCCGGGGAGGGAGUCAUCAAGCCAUGUCGAGCAACACAGACUGUCUGUGCCCCAUGCCUCGACAGUGAGACGUUUGCGGAGAACUUAAGCCACACCGAGACGUGCCAGCCGUGCACCCGCUGCGUGGGCCUCCUCCGCAUGCAGACGCCCUGCACCGACUCCAACGAUGCCAUCUGUGUUUGCGACUACGGCUACUACCUGAACGAGCUCUCCAGCCAGUGUCAGAGCUGCACCAAGUGCCCUGAGGGCCAGGGCAUGCUGUACAGCUGUGAACACGACCGCGACACCGUGUGCGAGGAGUGCACCAGAGAUACGUUCUCUGACCAAGAGAGUUCGCGGGAGCCCUGCCUGCCCUGCACCAUCUGCGACGAGGACGACGAGCUGGAGAUCCAGGCCUGCAACUCCAUCAGUGACACCGUUUGCCAAGAUCUGAACCCGCCGCUCUUCUCCUCCAUCUCGCCCCCUCCCUCUGGGGGCUCGUCCCUGCCCUCGUUCACUGACGAUGACGCCCUCUUCCCCUACGGCCCCACGGAGACCGCCACCACCACCACCACUACCAGUACAAUCAAGUUCAUAGGCGACGAGCUGAACAAGAACCUCAUCCCCAUUUACUGCUCCAUCUUGGCAGCCGUUGUGGUGGGCCUCGUAGCCUUCAUCAUCUUUAAGAGGUGGAACAGCUGUAAGCAGAACAAGCAGGGCGCCAACAACUGCACAGCAAAUCAGAACCAGACUCCUUCGCCGGAGGGGGAGAAGCUGCACAGCGACAGUGGCAUAUCGGUGGAUAGCCAAAGCCUACAGGAGCAGCAAGGCCAGGGGCAGACUCAGGCACAGACAGUGGUCACUGUGGAUGAGGAGCCUUGUCUGCUCCUUCCCCUCCACACGCGAGAGGAGGUUGAGAAACUCCUCUACAGGGGCGGAGAAGGGGAGGGCUACGACCACACGGAGGACAGAGAUUGGUGCAGCCUGGCAGGGCUGCUGGGAUACCAGGAAGAGCGCAUCGCCACAUUCCGGCAGCAGGAACAUCCAGUCCGUGCACUGCUCUCUGAUUGGGCGAGCCAGGAUUGCGCCAGCCUGGACACGCUCUGCACGGCGCUGUGCAAGAUCAACCGCGAAGACAUCGCACAGAGCCUCGUGCUCAGCCCCAACACCGUCAAACCCACUGCCACAUCUGCAGUGUGACCAUUUAACCAUUACCGCCAAUGCUACGAAAAUCUCACUGCAACAUCACAGCCAAACUCACCCCCCCCCCGCCACAGUCCAUCCAUACUGUGACUAUUUAACCGACUACACCAACCAUCUGAGCAAUUACACCAAUGCCAAACCAUUCAGAUCGGCAAACCAAAGUCUGAUCAUCCACACCUGAUGCCAAAACUACUGCUAUCGAUCCACCAAGACUCGGCCCCAGACCUAAAUCGAACAUUUCUGCGAGACUUCGGCAGCCACUGCAUCCCUUACCGCCUUUAUGGUCCUUCCUAAGCGUGCCGCAUCGUGUGAAACCUAUCGCUUCCAAUUCCACUUGUGAACCUAUGUCAAACUCUGUGGCUGGUGCACUUUCAAGAUACACAAACCCAUUAUGGUCAACUGUGGCCUUGUAACCAUACUACUGGAUGUUCCACUGUGUCUUCAGUGUGCCCAAAACUGUCAGGCACCAUUUUGCUCUGCUCUCUCACUAACCCGGAAGUAGCAAAAGGCUACAAGACUCUGGGGAUUGUGCUUCAUUUUCAUUUUCUGUGCUUCUCUUUUGACUGAACAAAUUAUUUUCAUCCAUUCCUCACUUGCAACACAGAACUCUGGCUUGUGGUGCCUUGAUGAACAUCACUUGGCAUUCAACACGUACAGUAAGGUACUACUAUUCUUUCAUUUCAUUUUUGUUGUUCUGUACUACCAAAGCCUAGCUUAUCAACCAUACCUAUACCUAAUAUAACAUCUGAACAUUAAAUUGUUUGUAAUUUAUUCGCAAAAUAUUCCAUUAUUUGUGACCAUUUGCUAGUCAAUCAAUGACUGUCGGUCACAGCUGAAUGGUGGUAAUUUUCAGCAGAGAUCAAGGACUGGAAAGAUAUAACGAGCUAGACUACAAAAGGUUAGCACUAAAUCCAAACCAAUUCUUAUGUGAAAAAAGCUAAUGACAUAUCAACCUGCAUCGUUGCCUCUAUUAUUUUCAACACAUUGAUAUGGAGAAGCUCAAUUAUUUGAGCCGUUUCCUCCAUAAUAUUUUGUGAAAUGAAAUAUGAAGGAGAAAUAUCCCCUUUCAAACUUAAGUUAUCGUAUGCAUUAUUAUUAUUUCUUUAGACCUGACAUAGGAACAGUUCCCAGUAUCUAUAUAUCUACUGGAACAAAGUCGGAGUAGUGGACUGGCUGGCCUGUGCUGGCUAACAUGGUAGUCUGUGGAGCAGGCAACCUGACUCCAGCUUCUAUCUGGCCAGGCCCAUCUGCAUAACACUGGGGCUCUCACACUAGGCCUAUACUCUGACCUAGAUAGAAAAGGACUAGGAAUUUAAAACUCACUCACACAUAUAGGCCUAUCUACACACACAAACAUCCAUGAAUGCACGCACACGCACACGCGCACACACACACACACACACACACACACACACACGCACACGCACGCACACACACGCACACACACAAAUGUACAUCUACACACACUUACAUGCACACGUACACAAACACACAGAUGCAUGCAUGCCAGUAUCCACACACAUGUAUGCAUACACAUACUGUAUAAGAGAACAAACAAACAAAAAAGACUGUGCUGUGUCAAUCAAGUGUUGUGUCAAUGAUAAGGGACAACAGGACCAAGGUCAUUGGACAUGAACCUACACCCUUUCAGGGACCACAUGCAGGACACCUUAUUGGACAUGAUGGACGUAGGCCAACUUGCAGUCCAAAAUAUUGCAGUCAUUCACACCACAACUGUCUUUCAAAACAUCUUGCUUGGAAUCUGUAUAAAUCAUGUAAUCCUUUCCCGUGAGGUCAUCCACUGCUGUGUUAGCAAGAGGAACAGCAUGUACACACUAGCGAGUCAUAUAACCGAUACACAUCAUAUUCAAAAUACACAUACAAGUACUGUACAUAAAAUAACUGACGACUGAACAACUAGUCAUUAUUUCAGGCUAAGAUAUACAAAUCCAGGGUUAUCUAUUUCUGUUUAGUUUCUCAGGGUCUUUUGUGUGGCUUUAGUGAUUAGCUGUAUGUUUGUCUAAUGUUGUUUCCUUUUCCUAAUCAACGCUCAGACAUCCUGGAUUAGCUGUGUAUAGGUUGAGGAAGGUGAGGGAGGCCUUGUGGUGGGAUUCAACACUAGCUAGUGUUUCAGGAAAGGCCCUUUGUAGAACUUACUCAGGCAAUGAUAUCAGUGGCGUUCCAGGUUGUCUUUCUAUGCAGUCGCGCUGCUCGGAGGGACAGAUCUCACAUUGCCUGGAAAAGUGUUUAAAUGUCUAAAGUAGCAGGGACCAUAUUCAUAUGAUAUCUAGUAGGGGACUGCCAAAAAGACGACCCGGUGGCCAUUGUGACUGACAAUCCUUCAGACAAAAGAAUUAGGGAUGGACGCAGAUCAGAGGAAAAACAGGGGUGUCUAGUUUCCCCAUUGUUCACGACAACAACCUUCGAAUGAAAGGCUAGUCCUUAGAGAUUGGAGACGAGCAAUACGGGAGGACUUCCAACCACCGAGAGUUGAAAAGAUGAAAAGAAGCAUGCCAAUUAGACCUUUUGGUAACAGGUUACUUAAAGCUGACGGGUACAAUGCAUUAAGAUGUGGUUAUAAUGCAUUGUAAAAAUUGUUAUAGGCAUUUAUGACUCACUUAUAAUGUCUUAUUGUCAUGCCAUGGUACCUACAUAUUAUAAGCCUCAUUGUAUGCUUAUAACAAGUAAUAAAGCACUAUACGUGUUAGCUCAAAGUAAAAAUGUUAGCACAUCGGUGCAUUCAUAAAGCCUUCGUAAAUGCUUCAAAAUGUGUUGUAGGCAUGCAUAACCAUUACAGGCAGCUAUGAAUUAAGAACUGAGGGGGAUGUUCCCUUAUUUUUGUUGUGCUUUGUGGGGGUCAUAUUUCUUAGCUUAUUUGAGGGUUAAAAUGCCAAUGCAUGCUUAUAACAAAUGUAAUUGCAGCAUAAUACAGCCUAAAGUGAAGCGUAUCCCCAUUUAUUCUCAUUGUCAACUUUUUUUUAUUUUAUAUAUAUAUAUAUUGUUUUCAAUUUCACAUUGGGAAACAUUUUUUUUUGGGGGGGGGGGACUGGGGUUGAAUGACAGGAGUUCGGAGGAAGUAACAGUGGUCGCUUGCUUUCUGUCCAUCAUUUAAUGCAAAGAGAUCUGUUAGGGCUGUCUUGUUCAAUUCUGGCAUUACUGACAUAUAGGUAGGUUCAAAGAGAGCAAAGACAAUAUUCAUGCUUUGCUGGACUUUGAACCAGUCUAUGUCACAGAAUUGAUCCACGCCUGGUUUAGCUUGCUAGAGUCUGGCCUGAGUCUAUAGGCACACGUGCCUAUUGUAAGUACUGUACAGAACGUUUCAUCAAUAGUUUACUGAUCUUAGUUCAGUGGCUAAAUUAUGAACAAAGGUAUUCUCAAGGGUUUUCAUGUGUUACUAGCAGUAAUAAACGGUAUUAUAGGUUAGAUUGUAGAGCACCGUAUGUAUUCGACAUCACAAGUGACCUGGGAAAUGUUUCAGGUCCCUGAUGAUGAUGUUGUAUUUGUUUUGUAUGUAUUUUUAUUUGGUUUUGAUAAGUGUUCAUUUGAAGUUUGUGUUUUUGAGCCCUCGAGGCUUAUCGUAAAAUAUCAUGGUCCGACAGGACUUCUGACUCAGAUGCAGUCUCUAGAGUCUAUUGACAGUGACUCAAUCCCACUUUACCUCAAUGAUCUGACUCUAAAGAAAUAUAAUAUUUGGCCAAAAUGGUUUCUCUGUAUGCCUUAGCCACAGUCAGUAGGACACAAAUUAAGCAUAGUCCUGAACUAAAAAGCUAUUUCAAAGAAGAUCCUCUGUUGAUGCUUUUUAGUCCAGGACUAUAAUUAUUUUUUUUGUCUAGGAAACCAACCCCAGAUGUCUGGAUCAACGGUAUUGCAUGGUAAACACUGCUGGGACAAAAUGUGGUAUAUCCCUGUAUAGUGUAUGUAUGUGUGUGUGUGUGUGUGUGUGUGUGUGUGUGUAUAUAUAUAUAUAUAUAUACAUACUAAGGGAACAGAACAUUAGGAACACCCUCCUAAUAUUGAGUUGCACCACCUUUUGCCCUCAGAACAGCCACAAUUCAUGAGGAUAUGGACUCUACAAGGUGUCGAAAGCGUUCCACAGGGAUGCUGGCCAAUGUUGACUCGCAAUGAUUCCCACAGUUGUCAAGUUGGCUGGAUGUCCUUUGGGUGGUGGACCAUUCUUGAUACACACGGGAAACUGUUGAACGUAAAAAACCCAGCAGCGUGGCAGUUCUUGACACACUCAAACUGGUCCGCCUGGCACCUACUACUAUACCCCGUUCAAAGACACUUAAAUCUUGUGUCUUGCCCAUUCACCCUCUGAAUGGCACACAUACACAAUCCAUGUCUCAGUUGUCUCAAGGCUUAAAAAUCAUUCUUUAACCUGUCUCCUCCCCUUCAUCUACACUGAUUGAAGUGGCUAUAACAAAUGACAUCAAUAAGGGAUCAUAGCUUUCACCUGGAUUCACCUGGUCAGUCUAUGUCAUGGAAAGAGCAGGUAUUUUUUAUGUUUUGUAUUCUCAGUGUAUGUACUGAAUGUGUUACAAGUAGGUUAGGUAAGGGAUGAAAGGAAAACCUAUAGGACGAUAGCUCUCCACUACGAGGGUUGGGCAUGAAAUGACAGCAGGCCGUUCAAUACUGAGCCAUACUGACUGACGAGUGGCAUGGAUUGGUACAGCUCGGCUCAGUCCCACAUGUUAUCACUUAUUUGGCUAAAUUAUUAUCCAUAGUUGCCUCUUUUGAUACAGCAGCAGUCUUUAAAUGGACUGUUACCUUGAAGGCAACACUACGAUGUAAAAGCUAUUCAACUCCAAUUAAACUCUGUCUAUGACAUUUCCUGACAUAUUUUUACUCUCGCUCUCUCUCACUGCAGUGGUUCUCAGGAGACGGGCCAGUUUGCAUGGGGAGAACAUAUGUCAGACAAGGUUGAGUCAGGCGUCUAAUGUUUUGUACACCCAGUGUAUAGCCAUGACUGUAACAACAAAGUUGGUUUUCCCUACAGACACUGACGAGGAAUGUGCAAAUAUGAUAUGAAAACUGAACUGAGGACAGAAUUGUUUCCCCCCAAACAGUAUUCACUUAAUUUCUUUAUUUUUAUUAGAGGACAGUUGCAGGCCAUACGUUUUGUAUAGUUGUGAAGCAGCACACCUAGUAAGUACAAUAAAAUACCAAUGAAGGCUUAUAUUCAACUUAACCUCGCACUUGGCCGCAUACUGUUUGGUCAGAGGAAGAGGUGGGAGUUUGACAGUGAAGGGAUUGUUGAAAAUCUAUGAAAAUAAAUUGAUGGAGAUGUGUCACCAAGCCCUGAUGAUAUGGUCCAUAGUGAAACAAGACGGAUUCUUAAUGCGCCAAGAUGUACAGAAGUGAGAAAUACUGAAUGUUCCUUGUAUUUACUAAUAUGUACACUCUAUUAUACAAAUGUGAAUUUGCUAUAUAAACAGUACAAUCCACAAAAUAAUAAAGUCCUUCAAUCAACAUAA